UCAUGUAUUUGAGUAGGUUUUAAUGUAGUUGCGAAAUAGGUAUUUUUUUAUUGAACUAUACUAAAUAGUCAUUUAAUCUAUGAUUGUCAUCACCAGAUUUUUACAGCUCCUUCUUUUUUUUUUGCUUAUUUCAUUAUUAUUUUUGAUGUAAGUGUUGUUUUUAGACAGUCCAGUAGGUUGGGCCUGGUCCUAUGGUGGGUGUAUCAUGGGACAUUAAGGAAGUCAUAUUUAUUAUAUGAAUUAUAUAUUUAUUUGCUGUACCAACCCUGACCAGAAAAUAUUAUACCCCCACCUAAGCCUUUUGACAUGAUUCAGGUGCUUUCCAAACAGCCCAAGGACAGUUCCACCCAUGUAGUAGGACCAGGCCCACAGCAGAGUUAAUUAUGACUUUUGUCAUACUUGUAGUUUGUAAAAGAAGAAAAUCAACUCACAUUCUACCUUAGUGCACAAAAUUUUGUUUUGUUUGAUACUAAAUGUGUUGUAGGAGAAAGAGGGUUCAAUAGGUGUUAAUAAAACCUACAUCUGACAAAAUGAAGAUGGACAUAAUGUAUGCCCUCAGCAGUGUAACAGCCCUGCCAUGCACAUUAUGUUGUGCAGUAAAAGCUUUAAAUUCUAUUCUCAAUCACAUGACUGAAAGAUUUAAGUACAUUUUUGUUCAGUUACAUGUAGCUUUGACCAAAAAAAAAUGUCCUCAUUGUUUGGGUUGAUUUUCUUUUUUUAUUUAGCAUUCAAACCUUUCCAGUUGUAUAAUGCUUGUUAAUGCUUAUUACACUUAUUUCACAGGUAUCAUGCAAAAUUGUUCUGUUUUGCCAUAACCCAUUUUUCUUCCCCUCUCACUACUACGUUGACGACGUUUUUUUGAAGAUGAGAAAAAGUGGAGCUCAUCAGCAAGAAUCGGUUUAGACAGCAAGGGCAUGCACUGCGCACAAUGCAGUUGCUCUUAGACACACAGUACCAGGGAUCUUAGAUAGACAGUCAAGUAGUCUUCCGCGCAAAGAGAUAUUUUUUUUUCUUUUCUGCUUUUUCUACGCUACUUUCUUUUUAUAUGCGGAUCAAAUCGAAUCCCAAAAUUUGUGUGUAUACAGACACACCAUUGGGGUGAAGUGGAGCGCACUUUCACAGAAGAGACCCCUCUCUGUAUUAAUUUGUUAAUAAACUGGCUGAACAAAAGGUAACUGUAGUCCACUCAAUGAUCAACAUUUCUAAUGUGAAAUUCUGAAUAUGUGAUUGCUUUAUUUUAUAAUCUCUCUGUUGUGUUUUUUCCUUAAUUAUUGGUGAGUUUGCAAUUAUUAGCUGUUAUAACCACAAAGUCAAAACAUGCACACACUGAAUGACAUGACACAGGGACUAGGCUGCAGAGAUUACAGAGAUCACAGUCUUAAUGGUGAUAGUCUGUGUAGUUAAUUUGAUUCCACUGGCUGAAUUUGGCAUUUUUAAGUUUUCCCAACAAGCAUCAGGAUUAAAAAAUACAUUGAAUAUAUGAUAUUCCUCAGUGUAUAGUAUGACACCACAGUUGCAACAUGGAUAUAUAAUAUGUAUUUGUUCUCUAACUUUUACAUCCCGUUCAUCCCAACCCCCAUCAUUCCCUCCCUACUUUUUUGUGGACCCUGACUCUGGACGCAGGUUCAGGUCCAAGUAUCACCCAGAUGAGGCCAGCCGACUAAAGGCAGAGGCCCAUGGUGCCCUGCGCAACCGUCUGAAUGUCUUUGUGUUCCUGAUGGAAAACAACUGGUUUGAUAAUGUCUCACUGGACAUUGAACAGACCCCAGCCAUCAUCAAGGUUCUGGAUGCAGCUGUGAUAAAGAUGGAGGGAGGGACGGAUCAUGAUCUUCGCAUCUUGGACCUGCCAUCUGAAGAGGAGGAAGAAAGGGAGAAGUCGGCAUCUGUUUCAGGGGGCCCUGAACCUCCGAAGAGAGAAGACCUCAAAACUUUGGACGGAGACCGCAAACCGUCAGUAGAGAAAGACAAAAAUGAUAAGGAGGAGAGUGACUCUGCCAGCACAGAAAGAGCUGCUGCAACAGAAGGGGAGGAUGUGAAAGAUGAGGCAGAGAAAGAAGCUGCCAAAGAAGGAACGCCUGAACCCAAGAAACCGAGAAGAAAGAGGAAGCGCAGCGGUGACAGCGAUGAUGAAGGCAGCGCCUCAGAGAGCGACAGCGAUUCAGAUUCUGACUCAAAUUCCAACUGCUCUGACAAACCUGUGAAGAAGGAAGAGGUAGAAGACAAGGAUGAGGAAGAGGAAGAGGAGGGUGAAGAGGAGAAACCAAAGGAGAAUGCUGAAGAGGAGAACACAGAAGAGAAGAAACCCAAAGAUGACUCUCCCAGACCGCGUCCUCUGCACAGAACCUGCUCUCUGUUCAUGAGGAGCAUCGCCCCGACCAUUUCCAAGGCUGAGAUUAUUGCUCUUUGCCGGCGAUACCCUGGCUUUCUGCGUGUUUGCUUGUCUGACCCCCAUCCAGAGCGCAGGUUUUUUAGACGUUGCUGGGUGACUUUUGACCGUAGCGUCAACAUCAAAGAGGUUUGCUGGAACCUUCAGAAUAUUCGUCUGCGAGACUGUGAACUGGCUCCAGGGGUAAAUAGGGACCUGGCCCGGAGGGUGCGUAAUAUUAAUGGCAUCACUCAGCACAAGCAGGUGCUCCGCAACGACAUCAAGCUGGCUGCCAAGCUCAUUCAUGCCUUGGAUGAUAAAGGAGACCUGUGGAGCAGCAAGUCCCAGGAAGAGACUACAGAGUUGCCGGCGCAGAACCCCAUCUUGAAGAAUAUCACAGAUUACCUGAUAGAGGAGGUGAGUGCUGAGGAGGAGGAGCUCCUGGGCUCCGGGAGUGGGAUGGAUCCUGAGGAGAACACUAAGGAAGGAAACCCUGCAGAGACGACUGUGGAGAGGGAUGACAAACUAGCCAAGGUUUUGGAUCGUCUGAUCUUGUAUCUGCGUAUCGUGCAUUCAAUCGACUACUACAACACCUGUGAAUACCCCAGUGAGGAUGAGAUGCCCAAUCGCUGUGGCAUGAUCCACGUUCGUGGACCCAUCCCUCCGAACCGCAUCACACAUGGAGAAGUGCAACAAUGGCAGAAGAUGAUGGAGGAGAAGCUGAGUCCUUUGUUUAGCUUAAAAGAAAUCCUGUCUGAGGAGGAGGCGAGGAAGAUGGGCCGCAAGGAUCCCGAGGAGGAGGUAGAAAAGUUUGUAAAUGCCAACACUCAAGAGCUGGGGAAGGACAAAUGGCUCUGCCCACUGAGUGGCAAGAAAUUCAAGGGCCCAGAGUUUGUGCGGAAGCACAUCCUGAACAAACACGGGGACAAAAUUGAAGAAGUGAAAAAGGAAGUAGUGUUCUUUAACAAUUUUCUGAUGGAUGCCAAGAGACCGUCGCUUCCAGAGAUGAAACUUCCUCCUCUUCCAGGCCCAGGUUUGCUGUCCCCCACCAUGCCAUUUCCUCCUCAAGGUCCUCAGGGUCCAAUGGCCUUUGGACAGCCUCGUCCACCACUGAUGGGCUAUGGUGCAGGUGGACCUCCUUACCCUCCCAACCAAUAUGGAGGAGGCAGAGGCAACUACGACAACUUUCGCGGACAAGGUGGCUACCUGGGAAAGCCACGCAACCUCAGAAUGUCACGCGGCGAUCCACGCAACAUCAUCGAAUACCGUGACCUGGACGCACCAGAUGAUAUGGACUUCUUUUAGAAGGUUCACUCGCUCCUUUCAGUCUUCACUCUUUAGCAGUGUUGUGCUCUUGUUGCUUUUUGUAGUGAUUAGGUUCUUUCUUUUCCUAAAUAUUUCAUUUUGUAAAUGUUGUGCAACAAGAACAAAUGUCUGCUGUAAACUGGUUCCUCAAUAAAGUUGUGAUCAAACAA